AUGGCCUCCCCGUCUCCUUCCCGUGGUCGACCUUCUUUGGACUCGGUCGGACUUCUCUCGCCGAUUCUCUCGCCAUCCGCUUCAAUGACGGACCUUUCUGCAGCCUUUGGUCCUCCUCGCUCAGCUCGCUCUCCCAGGGAUCGCCGCGGCUCCACAGCAAGCUCCAUAAUCUCCCUUGGCUCGACCAUAGGUACUGUAGUCGACUGGCGGGCCACAAAGGACUAUCUCGGGGGUGGUGCCAACAGCUCAUCGAUUGCCGCUCUUCUUGACCACCCCGUUGCCCGUACGAGUAGCUCCGUUCGACCAAGACCUGGAGACAUACCUCCGGUUACACUUGCCUCUAUUCCAAAGGUAAAGCCGAGUGAAUUCACGCCUUACUUAGCUAUAUCGACAGAGUACGAAAAAUACCGGCGUGCGAAAGAUCUGGGGCUGGAGGAGCAUAUUCGACUGAGCAGUGUUCCACAGCGACAACUGUCUGGGGAUUCUGGGAUAUCACCGGCUCCAAGUGUUGUAGAGUCUGCGGCAGGGCUUGGAGAAGGUACGGGAUCAAAGGAUGCUUCGCCGAACGGAUCCCCAAAGAAGCCGGGGAGGACUAGGAGGGCAUCGCUAGCAGUGACACCAUUGUCUACAGUUCCGCCGGUCUAUUUUGAAGAAAACUUCCAUCUCGAAAACCCACGGACAUUUGAUGUGGUUAGUGAGCGCUCCGAUGUAGUCCGUCCUACCGCCUCCACAGAAAGUCAAGCAGAGUCUUCGGCCGCUUCCACUUCUUCUUUGUCUCAGCGUAGGGCCCUCGCUACAAAUGCAAUCCUACAAGAGAAGCUAUCCUGGUACAUGGACACUGUUGAAGUCCACCUUAUAUCCUCAAUUUCUACUGCCUCAUCCUCUUUCUUCGCCGCCCUCGGCGAUCUCAGAGAACUCCACAGUGAGGCUACAGCAUCUGUUCACAAGAUUCAAGGUCUCCGGAAACAACUAGUUCAGCUCGAUGAAGAACAAGCUGUUAAAGGUUUAGAAAUUAUCCGGCUGCGACGACGUCGUGAUAAUAUAGCUCGCCUUGAACGCGCCGCAAAACAAAUGGAACGGGUACUUGCAUCCUGCCAGGGGGUCGAGCGUUCCCUUGAACAGUCGGAAAUAGAAGCUGCACUUGCAGGGGUCGUCGAGACUGAGCGCCUCAUCUCCGGUGAAGGUGAAGCGGAUGCAAUUGACCUUCGCCCCGUUAAAUCUCUUGAGGCGGUUAAUUCGGACCUCCACCAUCUCCGCUGGCGUAUCGGAAAGGCUUUUGAAGCCCGAUUUGUUGAAUCUCUCCUCUCCGAUAUACGGAAGCACGUUGAUCGUGUACCUUCUGCUGAAACUCUCCGCCGUUUCGCGCAAUCCUUUCAGCGCGAUCAGUACCAGCGGUUUGUAUCAGCCAAACAACAAAACAAUCUUCAGCCCCCACCACGUUCUUCGUCGCUACCUCCCGAAUACACACAGCUCUCUGAUAAUCUCCGUGCAUUGUUAAUGCGACACCUCAAUGGAUUGCAGCGUGCUAAGCAUGUCAAUGAAGCUGUACAAGCGUAUCGCGACUCCGUUAUAAAAGAAGCAAAGUCACUCAUACGGCGUAACAUGCCCAGCGAUGAUGACAAUGAGUCUAUAAUGUCCUCAAUGACCAAUUCUCGCUCAGGGGGCGUUCGGAGCUCGCAAGAUAAAUCUAUGCUCCUUGCGCGCUCUUUACGAAGUCUUGGCCCAGCGGAUGCAGAGGAUCUGUUAGUAAGAAUCUACACUGGAGUGUCUGAGUUGAUACGCAGACUUGGAACACAGCAGAAGAUGUUACUGGAUGUGACAAUGCGAAUGGGGGAGACAGGAGUUGGGGGCAUGUUGAGUCCUCGAUUAGAGCAAAAUGGAUUUGGGGCUGUCACAAAUGGUGACUCGAGGGCUACCUCGCCCGGUUUAGACCGUAGCAACGGCUUCCCACAUCAUCCUGGCCCCGUGGGUGGGGAUGCAAUCAAUAUGGAUAUUUCCGAUCUCAUCUCCUCCGCUGUGGAAAUCGCGCAGUCACAAAUCGUCAAGAUCGUAAAAGUCCGAACUGAGCAAGUGACAUCCUACUCACCCGAAUGGUUCCUGCGAUAUUUUAUGCUCAAUAGACUAUUUACGCAGGAGUGUGAGGCUGUGUCAGUCAGGGUUGGGAGCGGAUUGCAGAAUGCAGUGAGUAACCAGAUUAGGGAAUUUCUUGAGAAAUGGCAGAAAGAAAGGAUUCGGACUUUGGCAGAAGGGCUUGAAAAGGAUCGAUGGGCGCCAAAAGAAUGGGAUGAAUCCCGACAAGCGGGUGUGAAUCGGAUUUGUGAGAGCGCGACCAGGGACCCAGAAGAGUGGGUAAAGAGCGGGAGGAUUUGGGAAUUGCGGGAAGAGGAGAAUACCCCAACUGCUCCUAUAACAAAUGGGAAUGGUCCCUCAAUCACAAAUGGUCCCUCAAUCACAAAUGGCCCCUCGACCACAAACGGUACUCCCGUUGUGCCUGUGGAAAACGGUAAUCCGCAAACAAAUGGCGAGCCCCCAAAGAAGGCAUACGCAACGGUUGAUGAAUCGUCUUUCAUCCUUCCAGAGUCCGGUCUUAUGGUAUUAAGAGAGCUUGAAAUGUACUUGAGGCUAGUAGUAGUGAUGCCUGGUAUGGCGGCCGAGAUUGCACAAAACCUACUGAACUUUCUAAAAGUUCAUAAUAGCCGCACCUAUCAAUUGAUCCUUGGGGCAGGGGCAACAAAGACAGCGGGGCUCAAGAGUAUCACCACGAAACAUCUAGCAAUGGCAAGCCAAGGGUUGAGCGUUGUAGUUGCGCUGAUUCCAUAUAUAAGAGAAUGUGUCCGAAGACGAGCAGGCACUAACGCUGGCGGGGUGUUAGCUGAUUUUGAUAAAGUAAAACGGACAUAUCAACAAUACCAGACUGAGAUACACUCCAAACUCACCUCUAUCAUGUCAGAUCGCGCUAGGGUGCAUGUUAAUAAUUUGAUCAAAAUGGACUGGGAGCGUGACUGGAUAGACCAGGGAGGAGACCCAGAAAAAUACUACAUGGAUACGUUGUGCCGCGAGACAACAGUACUACAUAAGGUAUUGAGCAAACAUUUGCCGAAUGAGACUCUAUUGAGUAUCAUGGAGCCAGUGUUUCAAGAUUACAAGUGGCGACUACGAGAGGGGUGGGCAGAGGUUGUGGUCAGGAGCGAGGCGGGCAAGCAGAGGAUUUUGAGGGAUGCGCAGACUUUCAAUGAUCGCUUGAGCAAGUUGGAUGGGUUCGGGGAUUCUGGAGGAGCGCUACUGGAGGCCGCAAGAGGGAAGGUAGUGAGGCCAAAUGGUUUGACUAGCAGAAGUGGGACACCGAUAUUGAGAUAA